CACAGCAUGAGUCAAUGGAAACAAAUUCAACAGCUCGAGAUCAAAUACCUGGAGCAGGUGGACUACCUUUAUGAUGACAACUUCCCUAUGGACAUACGGCAGGUGCUCUCCAACUGGAUUGAGAGCCAGGACUGGUGAGUGUGUGUGUGUGUGUGUGUGUGUGUGUGUGUGUGUGAAAGAGAGUGUGUCUUUGUCUGUGUGUGUCUGUGUGUGUCUAUCUGUAUGUGUGCAUGUCUGUGUGUAUGUGUGUGUAUGUAUGUGUGUGUCUGUGUGUGUCUGUCUGUAUGCAUGUCUGUGUGUGUGUGUAUCUGUAUGUGUGUUGGUGCGUGUGUGUUACUGUACAGUAAUAAUAAUAGAUAUCAAGUUGGGUUUCCAGUGAGCAUGUUCAAGAACUAAAACACAGCAUGUAGGGGCCCCGUGUAGCUCAGUUGGUAGAGCAUGGUGCUUGCGACGCCAGGGUUGUGGGUUCAAUUCCCACGGGGGGCCAGUAUGAAAAUGUAUGCACUCACUAACUGUAACUCGCUCUGGAUAAGAGCGUCUGCAAAAUGACUAAAAUGUAAAUGUGGCUACCAUAACUGGUAGCACUUUACUUGAAGGGGCUAUACAUAAGGCAUUCAUAACACCUUUAUGAGACCAGCCAUGACACCUUAAUGAAUGUUGAAGUGUUGUGCUGCAUUAAUUCAUUAUGGUAAUCCAGCUCUGACUGACAUGUAGCCUAUUCAUGUAUUGGUUCGUUCCAUUAAAUGAGUCCCUUUGAUAUUUUAAAUAUAAAUUGUGCACCAAUAUUAGAUUUUAAAUGCCUGUUAUUAUAAAUUAAUUGCCCUUUAAUAUAGACCACAUGGACAAUUCAAUUUAUCUGAUUUUUAAUUUGAAUAAAAAUGUAUUAUACAUUUUGACAUGUCCCUCUCUGUACUCUCUGUGACUUCUCUGAAGAUUUUAACCCAGUUAACCAUUAAAUGUUUUCACCAUCAUUGUAAAGCCCUUUUUAUUUUGUUGCUUUGAUGGAAGAUUAUUAUUUAUUACAUGUGAUUAGGGAUUAAUUUUAAGGUAAAAAAAUAAAAAAAAUAAAAAAUAAAAGAGUUUUGGUGAAACGAUUCCUUAAAAAAAAAAUGUUUUUCAAAAUAAACAUUGAACAUCUAAUAGUCAAAUCAUAGUGUUAAGGCAGGUGAGCUGGUUCUACUCUCUUUGGGCAUUUUCUGGUGUUUUGUGGUGGAAAACUGAGUGGGUCGAGCAUAACACGACAUAGAUAGAUAGCUUUUUUGUGAAGCUUGCAUGUAGCUACCCUUUUCCUGCAGUCGAAUUACCAAAGCACCCUCUAGUGGCCUCAUGGGUGGAAUGUUAUUAACAUUUUUCAUAAUUUCAUAAUUAAUAAACAUUUAUUAUUUCUACUGCCGAAAAAGUGUAAUAUUGGGAUGCAAACUCAAAAUGUAAUACAUUUUAUCUCUAUGUCUGACAUGGUACAGGUGUUUUCUUUUUUAUAAGCUAUAACCAUGUGUGUUAGGUGUAUACUUUUGUUUCAAAGUAGAUUUGUUUAAGACUACCAAGAAACACUAUGUGUGUCCCUGAUUUAGCCAACUGCAGAAAUUAAUUUCCCCUCCCUGUUACACACAACAAGCUUCCAUUCCCCCUGUCACAAGAGGAUUUAUGGCGGAUUUAAGAUGAAAUCGUCAACCCUGUUACGGUCAACCCUAUUACUUUAUUUGGCACUUAAUAGGCACUUAGUAUAGUCUUUUUCGCCACCAACUUACACUAGCCAAAAGGGACUCAUUUCGUGGAACCACCCUAUUGCACUUGUACAAAACAGCAAAAUAAGCAUUUGAUGAUAUGACAUGCUGAAAAAUAUGAAUGGGUGAUUCACCUUUUCCCUUGUACAUUAUAACAUGAUAUGUACAGUAUGUUCUACAUGUUCUUAUUAAUAACUUUUUGAUUGAGCACUGAAAACUGUUAAAUUAGAUACAAAGCUAAGACAAAGUGUGUGUGUUUUUUCCAGGGAUACUGCCGCAAACCAUGAGUCCAUGGCGACAGUUCUCCUCAGCAAUCUCCUGUCUCAGCUGGACAGGCAGUGUUCUCAGGAACAAAACUUCCUACAAAGACACAACCUGAAGAUCAUCAACCAGCAGUUACAGGUGCCACAAUAACCUCCCUUACAAUAUCAUACACCUAACCUGGUUAAAACCAGAAUGAACUCUGCGCUAAAUCAGUUUGCCAGGCAACCAUAUACCCUGCGUAUCCAACAUUGAUAACAUUAAACAGUCUCUCCUUGUCAUUGAUGCAUUUAAGCAUUGAGGUGAUUUAGUACAACCAACCCACAACUUCCCGUAAAUGGGGAGUGGCACUGUGUAGUAUGUUGUGACAGUGUGUAUGUGUGUGUGUGCGUAUGUGUCACGCCCUGGCUCUGGGGACUAUGUUAUGUUGAGCCAGGGUGUGUAAUUCUAUGUUUGAUUUUCUAUGUUGGGCUGAGUGACUCCCAAUCAGAGGCAACGAGUGUCCGCUGGGUGUCUCUGAUUGGGAGCCAUAUUUAACUGUCUGUCUUUCACUUUGUGUUUGUGGUUUCUUGUUCAUUUCGGUUUGUGUUAAACUGUAGACGUCACGUUAUCGUUUAUUGUUUUGAUCGUGUGAUCAGUAAUAAAAGGAUAUGUUCACCUUCAACGCUGCGCCUUGGUCCUCAUCUCUAACCAACGAGCGUGACAGAAGAAACCACCAUAACAGGACCAAGCAGUAUGAAGAAGAGAGAGGAUGGACUUGGGAGCAGUUGAGUAGGAGUCUCGACUGGGCCAAGCCAAGAGAAGAGGAGAGAGGUUGGAGUUUGGAGCAGUGGGGUGAGAGUCUGGCGAGAAUGAUGGAGGCCUGGCCCACGGGGAGGAGAGACCCCCAGAAAUUUUUUAGGGGGGGGCUCACGACGUCGGGGCAGCAGGAGGCCGCUAUGGAGCGGUCCAGCGGGGUUGCAGAGGAGGCCGCCAGGUUACGGGGGCCACUGGUAGAAGAGGGGAUGGAGGGUGUAGAGGCACGGCGAGAGGUACUGGCGUGUGUUGCCAGUCCGGUCCGGCCCGUUCCAGAUCCCGGUGUAGAGCCAGUGGUGUGUGUCCCCAGUACGGUCCGGUCUAUUCCUGCUCCCCGCACCAAACCUACGGUGUGCGUCGACAGCCCAGCCCGGCCCGUUCCUGCGCUCCGCACCAAGUCUGUGGUGCGCGUCGCCAGCCCAGUCCGGCCCAUCCAAGCUUCCCGCACCAAGCCAGUGGUGUGCGUCGUCAGUCCGGCACGGCCCGUGCCUGCUCUCCGCACCAAGUCUAUGGUGCGUUUCGUCAGCCCUGUCCGGCCCGUUCCUGCUCUCCGCACCAAGUCUGUGGUGCGCGUCGCCAGCCCAGUCCGGCCCAUCCAAGCUUCCCGCACCAAGCCAGUGGUGUGCGUCGUCAGUCCGGCACGGCCCGUGCCUGCUCUCCGCACCAAGUCAAUGGUGCGUUUCGUCAGCCCUGUCCGGCCCGUUCCUGCUCUCCGCACCAAGUCUGUGGUGCGCGUCGCCAGCCCGGUCCGGCCCGUCCAAGCUCCCCGCACCGGGUCAGUGGUGCGCGUCGUCAGCCCGGUCCGGCUCAUUCCUGCUCCCCGCACCAAGUCAGGGGUGCGCUUCGUCAGCCCGGUCCGGCCUGUUCCUCCUCCACGCAUCAAGCCAGGGGUGUGCGUCGUCAGUCCAGCACAACCCGUGCCUGGGUCAUGUCCGGAGCCGGAUCCGCCGCCGAGGCGGAGUGCCCACCCGGUCCCUCCCCUGUUGUGGUUGUUUGGCGUGGCCGGAGUCCGCGCCUUUGGGGGGGGGUACUGUCACGCCCUGGCUCUGGGGACUAUGUUAUGUUGAGCCAGGGUGUGUAAUUCUAUGUUUGAUUUUCUAUGUUGGGCUGAGUGACUCCCAAUCAGAGGCAACGAGUGUCCGCUGGGUGUCUCUGAUUGGGAGCCAUAUUUAACUGUCUGUCUUUCACUUUGUGUUUGUGGUUUCUUGUUCAUUUCGGUUUGUGUUAAACUGUAGACGUCACGUUAUCGUUUAUUGUUUUGAUCGUGUGAUCAGUAAUAAAAGGAUAUGUUCACCUUCAACGCUGCGCCUUGGUCCUCAUCUCUAACCAACGAGCGUGACAGUAUGUGUUCUGUGUGGAAAAGGAAACGAAAGACAAGAUCUGUUCAUUUGUUUUUUUUUGUCACCUUUAGGGAUUGGCUUAUGGGUUUGUCGGCGUUCCUCAAACUGAGCAUCCUUUCACUUGUAAUAAGUGUUGUAUGUCAUUUUUUUCACAGACAAUUUCACCUCUUACCCUAUUCAGGGGAAUCAAAAUUAUAUGAUGCUCUCUGAGGUCUCAGGACAUUGACUGGCAGUAUAUUUAUUAGACUCUCUGAGAAUUGUACCUUAAAACACAUUAACAGGAACAGGAAAUAGCUGUUUGAGGCUGAUGACUGGGGCCGGCUAGGCCAUAUUUCUGUAUAACACAACUGAUGUAGGAAAGACACAUAUCUAAUCGGAACCUUGUGGUUUCCAGAAUCUCCCUUUUGAGUGUAUGUGACUGUGUGUGUGUGUGUGUGUGUGUGUGUGUGUGUGUGUGUGUGUGUGUGUGUUUGUGUGUGCAGAUGGUGUGAUGUUUCUCAGAGGAAGUAGUAGCUCAAAACAAGAGGGGAACAUCAAGAGGUUUGUUUGGGGUGGCGCUUGGAGAUGUGCGUUUUGUUGUUGUUUAGGUGUGCUGUCUAUUAUGCACAGAGGACAGAUGGAAAGUGUCUCUUUCCAUGCAAUCAUUUGUGCUGAGUCUACCUUGAAGGUAUACAAGCAUUGUUUAAGGUCCAUUUUUUUGAACUCAGUCAAUUUAGGGAAUUCAAUGGAAAUGCAUUUCAUGAAUUGAAUAAACCCUCCUCCAGUGGUUCAUACCUGAAUUGCAUUUUGUUGUGAGGGAUCUGACCCUAAACUGACCCUAAAAAUAUGGCACUAAAUGAAGAAAAUGUUCAACCCACUAUGCGAAUACAUUAGUACUUAGUACUGGAAAUAAAGAUUGCAGUGCUUAUGUCUCAUCUAAUGCUAGGAAAGGCUGAGUGGUUGGGGAUUUCUCAGUCCGAGGGAGGAUCUGAAUACAGUGGACCAAAUGACGCUGCUGAAUGCUGCUGAACUGACGCUGUUUGUUUGUGAUGUAGUCGUCAUUGUGAUGGUGUUAAAGGGUAUCGCGUAGGUUUUCAAGAUUGAAUCACCCUUCUUCUGUCUUUGGUCGCACACUCAAAUCAGUAGUCACAGACAAACACUGAAAGAGAAAUCAGGUUUCACAUGUUCACAUCAGAACUUUCCCUUGUGUCACAGAGGCUUAGACAGAAUCUGUGGCAUUUCGUCAAAAACAGACAAAUAUGUCAAGAUGCACGUGGUGUUUGAGACACAUGUUUUGCACAGAACUGGGUUCAGAUCCCAGAGACAGACAAAACGCUAACUAAAGGGACAAAUUAUGGGUUCAGAGGGCAAGUCCAUCCAUGGUUGUAUUCCUUAGGGAUCAUCGUAGCAAACAAGGACUUCUUAUUGGGGUUCGUGUAGUACCACACCGUUUCACUCAGUUUUCUUCAUUUUUUUUGCCUAAUAAACAUGUUCCAUGUCUGUAGGCCUUUUUACACUGAAUGUCUCCUUGUUUGGACUGUCAUAGUAAAUUACUUUUGGUUUUGUUUUCAUACUGAGUCUGUACCUGGUUCAGCCGCAUUCUUUACUAUGGAAUGAUUUUUUAUUUUAUUUAUUUUUUUAUUUCACCUUUAUUUAACCAGGUAAGCCAGUUGAGAACAGGUUCUCAUUUACAACUGCGACCUGGCCAAGAUAAAGCAAAGUAGUGCAAUAAAAACAACACAGAGUUACAUAUGGGGUAAAAAAAAAACAUAAAGUCAGAAAUACAACAGAAAAUAUAUAUACAGUGUGUGCAAAUGUAGCAAGUUAUGGAGGUAAGGCAAUAAAUAGGCUAUAGUGCAGAAUAAUUACAAUAGUAUUAACACUGGAAUGCUAGAUGUGCAAGAGAUUAUGUGCAAAUAGAGAUACUGGGGUGCAAAAUAGCAAAAUAAAUAACAAUAUAGGGAUGAGGUAGUUGGGUGGGCUAAUUUCAGAUGGGCUGUGUACAGGUGCAGUGAUCGGUAAGGUGCUCUGACAACUGAUGCUUAAAGUUAUUGAGGGAGAUAAGAGUCUCCAGCUUCAGAGAUUUUUGCAAUUCGUUCCAGUCAUUGGCAGCAGAGAACUGGAAGGAAUGGCGGCCAAAGGAGGUGUUGGCUUUGGGAAUGACCAGAGAGAUAUACCUGCUGGAGCGCAGACUACGGGUGGGUGCUGCUAUGGUGACCAAUGAGCUAAGAUAAGGCGGGGAUUUGCCUAGCAGUGAUUUAUAGAUGGCCUGGAGCCAGUGGGUUUGACGACGAACAUGUAGUGAGGACCAGCCAACAAGAGCGUACAGGUCACAGUGGUGGGUAGUGUAUGGGGCUUUGGAGACAAAACGGAUGGCACUGUGAUAGACUACAUCCAAUUUGCUGAGUAGAGUGUUGGAGGCUAUUUUGUAAAUGACAUCGCCGAAGUCAAGGAUCGGUAGGAUAGUCAGUUUUACGAGGGCAUGUUUGGCAGCAUUAGUGAAGGAGGCUUUGUUGCGAAAAAGGAAGCCGAUUCAUGUUGUUUCUUCACACACCUGAUGGCAUACUUUCUCUGUGUGGUGUGUCGGUGGAGAGGUUGGAGAGAAAUGACAGUGUGUUCAGGUUACUCAAGAAGGUACAGUGUCUGAAAAACACCUUUCAAUGCUUCCUUAUUGGCAAAUUUACACCAUACAUUAUAAGGAGAAAGUAGAGCAAACCUAAGCCUCCCUGUUCUCCCCAAACUCUUUUGCAUUUCCGAGAAACCAUCUAACUUGAGAGAACAAGCUUUCAAAGAGCUCUUAGAAACUCACACAAUUCGCACAAUUCAGUAGACAGACACUCAUACAGGCAGGUCAGUUAAAAUGUUGUUGUUUUUUAAAAUAUAUUUUAAAAGUAUUUUCUGCUUUUAUUGACAGGGAUAGACAUUAAAUGAAGAGGGAGACAGAUGGUGGGCAUAAUGUUUAGAAGUGCGCUGGGACCAGGAUUCGAUCGCACGCAGGCAGGGGACUGCAUAUGUCAAAAGGUGCAGACAGCAGCAGCAUAAUAUUGCAGCGAUUUCGGGGGGGUAGCCAGGACCAGGACUCGAACUCAGGUCCUGCGACUGUCAACCCAACACAUUAACCGUUUCACAGAGAGAUUCAAGUCUCUUGAUAAGGUCUCUAGGUGUUUGACAUCUCCAUGCCUGCCUGUACGCAUGUGUCUGUGUGUUCAUAUGCAGUGGCGUAAAGUACUUAAAUAUAAAUACUUUAAAGUACUACUUAAGGAGUUUUUUUGGGUAUCUGUACUUUACUUUACUAUUUAUAUUUUUGACAACUUUUACUUUUACUUCACUACAAUCCUAAAGAAAAUAAUGUACUUUUUACUCCCUACAUUUUCCUUGACACCCAAAAGUACUCAAAAUCAAAUCAAAUCAAAUCAAACUUUAUUUACAGUGAAAUGCUUACUUACAAGCCCUUAACCAACAAUGCAGUUCAAGAAAAAAUAUUUACCAAAUAAACUAAAGUAAAAAAUUAUAAAAAGUAACACAAUAAAAUAACAAUAACGAGGCUAUAUACAGGGGGUACCGGUACCGAGUCAAUGUGCGGGGGUACAGGUUAGUUGAGGUAAUUUGUACAUGUAGGUAGGGGUAAAGUGACUAUGUAUAGAUAAUAGACGGUGGGUAGCAGCAGUGUAAAAACAAAUGGGGGGGGGGGGGGUCAAUGUAAAUAGUCAUGGUGGCCAUUUGAUUAAUUGUUCAGCAGUCUUAUGGCUUGGUGGUAGAAUCUGUUAAGGAGCAUUUUUGUCCUAGACUUGGCGCUCCUGUACCGCUUGCCGUGCGGUAGCAGAGAGAACAGUCUAUGACUUAGGUGACUGGAGUAUUUAACAAUUUUUUUGGCUUUCCUCUGACACCACCUAUUAUAUCGGUCCUGGAUGGCAGGAAGCUUGGCCCCAGUGAUGUACUGGGCCGUAUGUACUACCCUCUGUAGUGCCUUAUGGUCAGAUGCCAAGCAGUUGCCAUACCAGGCGGUGAUGCAACCGGUCAGGAUGCUCUCGAUGGUGCAGCUGUAGAACUACUCGUUACAUUUUGAAUGCAAAGCAGGACAGGAAAAUGGUCCAAUUCACACACUUGUCAAGAGAAUACGUGGUCAUCCCUACUUCCGCUGACCUGGCGGACUCACUAAAAACAAAACAUUGUGUGUUGGAGUGUGCCCCUGGCUAAAUUUUUUUAACAAGAAAAUGGUGCCGUCUGCUUUGCUUAAUAUAAGGAAUUUCAAAUGAUUUAUACUUUUACUUUUACAUUUGAUACUUAAGUAUAUUUUAUCAAUUAUAUUUACUUUUGAUACUUAAGUAUAUUUAGAACCAAACACUUUUACUUUUACUCAAGUAUUAUUUUACUGGGUAACUUUCACUUUUACUUGAGUAACUUUCUAUUAAGGUAUCUUUACUUUUACUCAAGUAUGACAAUUGGGUAUUUUUUCCACCACUGUUCAUAAAUCCAUGUUCUUUUUCAGAUUAAAUACAAAGCCAACCCUCUGCUGAUGGCCGGGGUCAUUUCCACUUGCCUCAGAGAGGAGCGUCGUAUCAUCUCCACAGCCAGCAUUCAGGAACAGGUGAGUCUCUCUGACUCUGUUAUGUCAUCAGGAAAGUCCCUUCAGAAAGGUCUCUGUGUGUGUGUGUGUGUGUGUGUAUGCAUAUGUGUGUGUGGUUUACUUCACCUUAUCAUCAUCUUGACAGGGCCCGUUGGAGAAGUCAAUGCAGAAUUCGGUGGCCUUCGAGAGACAGAAGAACAUGGACAACAGGGUGGCGGUGAUCAGGAGUAGUGUGCAGAUGAUGGACCAGGCAGUGAAAUAUCUAGAAGACAUGCAAGAUGACUUUGACUUCCGCUAUAAAACUCUCCAGUCUCGAGGUGAGCCAUACACCCAAUCUGAAAUCCAAUUGCAGCCCCUACCCUUAUGGACUCCCCUAAGAUCUGAGAUGAUUUGACAGCUGUCAUAUAAUAUUGGAUAGCUGUAAGUAAUAUGGCAAUAGCUGCACCUUGCCAUCUGAUGGCCUUAUUAUUGAAUAACUAUCUUAGUUUGUAGUAUCUUUGCUUAAACCCUGCAGGUAUAAUGCAAUAUGAUGUGCUUAUAAUGCAUUGUAAGACUUGUCAUAAGCAUGUAUGACCCCUUUUUAAUGUCUUCUUAUCAUCUCAUUAUGAUCCUGACUGAAUAACAACCAUAGGCUUUAAAGGGGCAAUAACAUUUAAAAAAAACUAUGUUUUAUUUCACCAAAUUGUAACAUUCUGUCAUGAUGAGCACAUGUUCAACUUAAAGGUCCAAUGCAGCCAUUUUUAUCUUAAUAUCAAAUUAUUUCUGGGUAAUAAUUAAGUACCUUACUGUGAUUGUUUUCAAUUAAAAUUGUCAAAAACAAACAACAAUUGCUUCUUAGCAAGAGCAAUUUCUCAAGCAAGAAUUCUGCUAGGACCAUCUGGGAGUGGUCUGAGUGGGGAGGGGAAAACGGAACACUAGCUGUUAUUGACAGAGAGGUUUGGAACGCUCUUUAUUGUUAGCAUAGUAACCAAUUUACCGUCUGGUGAUGUCGCCAGGCAGGCCAAAACUCCAUCCCACCAAAACAGGCCGAAAUUUCAGGCGGUCUUUUCAAACAUCUUUUCAAACAAUCAUAAUUUUCACAAUGUCACAGUAUUAUUCCAACCUCAUAGUGUGGAAAUAUAUAUAAAACACAGGAAAAUCUAGUUUUUGACUGCACUGGGCCUUUAAUAAAAAACAUGUUUUCCCAUUUCAAGAGGUUGAAUACAAAAAUUACUAUAGUAAGUGGUAAUGGAGUUGACCAUACCAGGGUUGACGAUUUCAUCUUAAAUCAGCCAAAAAUCGUCAGAAAUUACUUUGUCGAAGCAACAAAAUAACUAAGGCUUUACAAUAAUGGUGAAAACUUUUUGGGAUUAAAGGGGUUAAAAUCUUCUGAGAGGUCACAGGCAGUGGAUUUAUUUAGCAAAUCUAUAUUCAAAUAAAAAAUCUGAUUUAUUGAAUUGUCCAUGUGGUCUAUUAAAGGGCACCACAUUUAAUAUAACAGGCUUUUAAAAUCCGAUAUUGGUGCACAAUUUCUACUUACAAUUUCAAAGGGAUGCAAAAGGGACUCAUUUCAUGGAACGACCCAUGUACCAAUCCCAGAUUGCACCUUUUAUAGUGUUACCACUAUGUUUUAUCCUCUGUCAUGCUGGAUGUAUUUUUGUCCCUCAGAUCCAGCGGACAGGAACACAGCGGUGAUGAAACAGGAAGUGACCCGACUGCAGGAGAUGCUCAACAACCUGGACUUUAAGAGGAAGGUGUGGGAACACUACAUACAUUAGAUAAACCAGCAAUCAGCUAUGGUUGUUACUACAGGCCUAAGCUUUGUGUGAAGCGUGUAAACAGUUGAAGCCCUUAUCUGUGAUGCCUUAUCUUUGAGUUUAUAUGCAUUUAUUUGAAUUGGGGCCACCGUUUCUGUCAUGCAGUUGCUGUCUUACACAAUUUUAGUCUAUACAAUUCUAUAUGAAUAUUUACUAUAUAGAUACAAUGGUUAAAACGUUUCCUUUUUUGGGGCCUGCGACGUGUGGAGAGCACCGUGGCAUCCAACACGAUAUUGCAAAUUAGAUUUUCGUCUGACACUGCAAGACAGUCGAGUGAGUUUAGAUAUCAAAGUCGUGAGGAUAUUUAUUGAAUUCGCUUCAGGGACUACACAACAAAACAAACUUUGAUGUAUAAUAUUAAAAUAUUUGGCAUUUAACAGACACUUUUAUCCAAUGUAACUUAUAUCAAUAGUACAGGGGUUCCCAACCAAUGUUUUGUGGGGGGGUGUGGGACCUUCCUUGAUUUGAGGGUAAAAAAAAAACUAUAAUUGUAUAUAUAUUUUUUUUUUUUACAAUUCGUGAUUGUUUAUACCAAUCUAAAAUGACACAUACAUCCGCGUUGCUUCAGGCUAGAAACAAGCAGUAAAAUGCCAGAGGAAGACGCAACUCUGAUGCAAAGGGGAAUUUCUUUGGUUUUUCUCUAUGACAUUCAGAAGCUGAGCUACAACCUUCUAAAGUCGAGGAGUCGAAGACAUUGGACUGGCUUGGAAAGUAAACUCAUACAAUGUGUGACUCUGUCGCUAUGAAUUGAUCUAAUCACUUUCUGUAAAAGAGAAUAUGUACAGUAUAAUUAAAUUGAGGGUUCAUAUAAAUUAUCCUAAUAAAACAUAUUUGGUAGCGGAAUAGCAUUUGGGGAAAUCGGGUCUAGACUAUUUUCCCUAUCCAUUAUUGAUGGGAUUAUCAUUAAAUAACCUACCUAAAAGAUGUCAUGAGUCUUGUUAAACCACAUAUAAUUGCAUGAAAUGAGCAUUAAAAAAAAAACAAGGUCAAUCAUAUUAAAGCAAAAUCAAUCUGGUGGUGUAUUUAAUAUAGCCUAUCUCAAUAAACAAUAAUACAUUUAAAAAGGAUUCAAAUCAAAUCAAAUCAAAUUUUAUUGGUCACAUGCGCCGAAUACAACAGGUGCAGACAUUACAGUGAAAUGCUUACUUACAGCCCUUAACCAACAGUGCAUUUAUUUUAAACAAAAAAGUAAGAAUAAAACAACAACAAAAAAGUGUUGAGAAAAAGAAGAGCAGAACUAAAAAAUAAAGUGACAGUAGGGAGGCUAUAUAUACACAAUAGAAUAAAGUGACAGUAGGGAGGCUAUAUAUACAGGGGGGUACCGUUGCAUAGUCAAUGUGCGGGGGCACCGGCUAGUUGAGGUAAUAUGUACAUGUGGGUAGAGUUAAAGUGACUAUGCAUAAAUACUUAACAGAGUAGCAGCAGCGUAAAAAGGAUGGGGUGGGGGGGCAGUGCAAAUAGUCCGGGUAGCCAUGAUUAGCUGUUCAGGAGUCUUAUGGCUUGGGGGUAGAAGCUGUUGAGAAGUCUUUUGGACCUAGACUUGGCACUCCGGUACCGCUUGCCGUGCGGUAGCAGAGAGAACAGUCUAUGACUAGGGUGACUGGAGUCUUUGACAAUUUUGAGGGCCUUCCUCUGACACCGCCUGGUAUAGAGGUCCUGGAUGGCAGGGAGCUUUGCCCCAGUGAUGUACUGGGCCGUACGCACUACCCUCUGUAGUGCCUUGCGGUCAGAGGCCAAGCAGUUGCCAUACCAGGCGGUGAUGCAACCAGUCAGGAUGCUCUCGAUGGUGCAGCUGUAGAAUUUUUUGAGGAUCUGAGGACCCAUGCCAAAUCUUUUUAGUCUCCUGAGGGGGAAUAGGCUUUGUCGUGCCCUCUUCACGACUGUCUUGGUGUGUUUGGACCAUGAUAGGGAGCCCCUGUUCUAAGCCAACCCUGCCUUUUUUGCUCCACGGUUGUGCAUGCAUCAGUUUUGUUCAGGGCCGUGCAGACCUUUUGGGGGGCAUGUGCUCAAACUAAAAAAGGGCAUCCCAACAAAAAAAUAUUCCCACAACCCUGGUCACAGACUCCUUGAGCAAUUAUUGCAAGAACAGUGGAAAGCAGCACUAUCCGAUUAGUAAAGUAUUUUGCUAAAUUGUUUUGAACUGGAAUAAAUGCUGCACUUACAGUAUUAACAAUGACCAACACAAUUCCAGUCAAAUUAGAAGAUUGUAAGAAAUACUGUAGCCUACCAUUACUAUAUCCAACCCAACUCCAUUUGUUGCCAUUAUCAUGUAUCCAAGUUGUUUUCAACGUUUUUGACCUGCGACCCCCAAAAAGAAGUGGCACAAAACUUGCAACCACUCGCACAUGCACAUAUUAUUAUUAUUAUUAUUAUUAUUAUUAUUAUUAUUAUUAUUAUUAUUAUUAAAUAGCCUACCUAAAAGAUUACAUGAGUCUUGUUAAACUAUGUAGAAUUGCAGGAAAUGAGCUUCAAAACAACAACAUUUUCAAAUGUGAAAAAGCGGGCCCUGGGGAAAAAAGAUUGUCAAACCCUGAAUUAAUGCAUAACUAUUCGUAUGAGUGGCCCCAGUGGGAAUUGAGCCCACAACCCUGGUGUUGCUAGCAUCAUGCUCUUACCAACUGAGCCACACAGGACCAGCAGUGAGUUGUUGUUAUUGUUCCCCCACAGGAGAACCUAUCUAAGAUGAGUGACGUGAUAAAAGAGAUUGAUGGUCUGAUAGUCUCCCAGCUGAACCCAGAGCUGAUGGAGUGGAAACGCAGGCAGCAGAUCAACUGUAUAGGUGGCCCACUGCUCACUGGACUAGACCAGCUCCAGAACUGGUAAUGCAACCAAUCAUGCUUACACACACACACACACACACACACACACACACACACACACACACACACACACACACACACACAUUCCUCAUAACUCUAUCUUAUAAGUUAUAACUAUAUCCCAAAAUAUAGGUAAACCUCAAUUAAUGCGCUCACCCUCUCUCUCUCCCAGGUUUACUCUGAUAGCCCAAAGUCUGUUCCAGAUGAAGCGUCAACUGGACAAACUGGGGGAGCUUAUAUUAAAGGUGACGUAUGAGAGAGAUCCCAUCCCCCUGCAGAGACCGCAGAUGGAGGAGCAGGUCAAAUAUCUCAUCUACCACCUCAUCAAAAGGUACUGACCUCAACAAAACUGAACACCUACUCUAACCAAAUGCAUGAAAUAUCCAUAUCACAAAGUGAUUUCCCAAAGAACUGCAAGCAUAGGGAAGCAUGAAUGGGAAGUCAUGGGAAGUCUUGAUGACAGUGAAAUGGACUUGACUGUUAUGUUGCCUCCAUCCAAAACUAGGUGGUAUACACAACUGCUAUUAUGCUAUUGUAAUUCUCUUGUGUGCCAUCGUUGUGUCAUCCUUUGUACAAUGUCCACAGCUCCUUUGUGGUGGAGAAGCAGCCAUGUAUGCCAACCCAUCCCCAGAAACCUCUUAUCAUCAAGACUGGGGUGCAGUUCACCACCAAAGUCAGGUAUGUGUAUUAAGAUGCAACACAACUCAAUACAUGGUGCUUAUCAAUCCGUUGUGUGUGUGUGUGUGUGUGUGUACAUCAUAAAUAUACACUCACCAGACAAUUUAUUAGGUACACCCAUCUAGUACCGGGUCGGACCCCCCUUUGCCUCCAGAACAGCCUGAAUUCUUCGGGGAAUUCUACAAGGUGUCGGAAACGUUCCACAGGGAUGUUGGUCCAUGCUGACGUGAUGGCACCAUGCAGUUGCUGCAGAUUGGACGGCGGUGCAUUCAUGCUGCGAACAGCCGGUUGCAACUAAUUCCAAAGAUGUUCUAUUGGGUUGAGGUCUGGGGACUGCGCAGGCUACCCAAGUAAACUGAACUCACUGUCAUGUUCCAGGCAAUGUUUUUCCACUCCUGAAUUGUCCAGUGUUGGUGAUCGCGUGCCCACUGGAGCCACUACUUCUUGUUUUUAGCUGAUAAGCGUGAACCCGGUGUGGUCAUCUGCUGCAAUAGCCCAUCCGUGACAAGGAUCGACAAGUUGUGCGUUCCGAGAUGCCGUUCUGCACACCACUGUUGUACUGCACCGUUAUCUGUCUGUUUGUGGCCCGCCUGUUAGCUUGCACGGUUCUUGCGAUUCUCCUUCACCUAUCUCACCACCAAGCUGUUUUCGCCUACAGGACUGCCGCGGACUGGAUAUUUUUUGUUUGUCACACCAUUCUCUGUAAACCUUAGACACUGUCGUGUGUGAAAAGCCCAGGAGGGUGGCCGUUUCUGAGAUACUGGAUCCAGCGCGCCUGGCACCGACGAUCAUACCACGCUCAAAGUUGCUUAGGUCACUCGUUUUGCCCAUUCUAACCUUAAAUCGAACAGUAAUUGAAUGCCUCGAUGCCUGUGUGCCUGAUUUAUAUAGCAAGCCAAGGCCAAGUGACUCACUAUCUGUACCUAAUAAACUGUCAGGGGAGUGUAUGUUUUUGCUAAAUAUUUAUGUUUGGUCACUUUUCUGUCUAGAUUGCUGGUCAAACUUCCAGAGGUGGAUUACCAACUAAAAGUGAAGACAAUAUUUGACAAGUGAGUAUUAGUGUAAUGGAACACAGCAAUAUGUGGCACAUUUACCUCAAAGUGGUCGCUCUUUGCAAGCUCUGUUACACAAACUGACAACAUUGUGUGAACAUGAAUAUAUUUCAGAAACGUAAUGUUUCAUAGACAUCAAGAUAUGCUUCAUUGACAUUUAUAAUCAAGCUAGCACUACAUUACUGAGUAAUGUAAUGUAUUCUCUUCCCUGUGUGUAGGGACCUCCCCCCUGGCAGAGUGUGAGUAUACCCAUGCAACCUCAAUGUGGGAUGUUUGUGGGGAUUUCCUGUUGUUGUUAUUUAAGCCAAUAUCGAAGCUUCUCAUGUGGCAUGUGUGUACAUGAGGGUUCCUCAAUGGUUCUUUGGGAAGGGUGAUGGUUCUAUGUGGAACCAUACUGACCCAAAGAACCCUUUGAGCCCUUCAAAAGUUCUUUGCAGUUCAAAAAAGGGUUCAUUCCUCUUUUAUUGAUAAUUAAAAUGUAGGGUCGGUGGCUCAUUAGAAUAUUUUGGGGCAUGGUUUUUGCACAGCUCUUUUUGUGCAACCAUGAGUGAGAGUGUCAUUCUAGUUUAUCUCAUCUGUUGUGUUAUGCUCUUUCAUGUUAUACAGUGCUGUAAAAAAGUAUUUCUGAUUUUCUAAAUGUUUGUAUAUUUUUUAUACUGAAUGUUAUCAGAUCUUCAACCAAAACCUAAUAUUAGAUAAAGGUAACCUGAGUUUACAAAUAACAAAAAAAUAUGGGUGCUUAUUUUAUUUAUUUUAUUAACAAAGUUAUGCAACACCCAAUUCCCCUGUGUGAAAAAGUAAUUGCCCCCUUACACUCAAUAACUGGUUGUGCCACCUUUCGCUACAAUGACUGCAACCAAACGCUUCCUGUAGUUGUUGAUCAGAUCUCUCACGUCGCUGUGGAGGAAUUUUGGCCCACUCUUGCAUGGAGAACUGCUUUAACUCAGCGACAUUUGUGGGUUUUCUAGCAUGAACUGCUCGUUUCAAGUCCUGCCACAACAUCUCAAUUGGGAUUAGGUCUGGACUUUGACUGGGCCAUUCCAAAACUUCAAAUGUGUUGCUUUUUAGUCUUUUUCAUGUAGACUUGAUUGUGUGUUUUGGAUCAUUUUCUUGCUGCAUAACCCAGCUGCGCUUCAGCUUCAGCUCACAGAUGGAUGGCCUGACAUUCUCCAGUAAAAUUCUCAGAUACAGAGCAGAAUUCAUGGUUCUAUUAAGGCAAGUCGUCCAGGUCCUGAGGCAGCAAAGCAUCCCCAAAGCAUCACAUUACCAUCGCUACGCUUGACCGUUGGUAUAAGGUUCUUACUGUGGAAUGUUUGGUUUUCUCCAGACACAAUGGGACCCAUCUCGUCCAAAACGUUGACUCAAGUUUGCCAGAAAGCACCUGGAAGCACCUGGAUGAUCAUCAAGGAUCUUGGAAGAAUGUUCUAUAGACAGAUGAGUCAAAAGCAUAACUUUUGAAAAUGGCUAAAAAUCAACUAAUUUGACGUUUUGGAAUGGCCUAGUCAAAGUCCAGACCUAAUUCCAAUUGAGAUGUUGUGGCAGGACUUGAAACGAGCAGUUCAUGCUUGAAAACCCACAAAUGUGGCUGAGUUAAAGCAGUUCUGCUUGGAAGAGUGGGCCAAGAUUCCUCCACAGCGACGUGAGAGACUGAUAAAAAACUACAGGAAGCGUUUGGUUGUAGUCAUUGCAGCUAAAGGUGGCACAACCAGUUAUUGAGUGUAAGGGGGCAAUUACUUUUUCAAAGCACUGUAUAUGACUAUGGCCAGUGACGGUGUCUUGUGAAAGACUCACGUAUGGCCUUGUGUCAGUUGAGAAUGGUUGACUAAGUCAGUAGUUCUCAAUUCUCUCCUCAGGGACCCGCAGCUGUUCCAGAGCUAGCACACCUGAUUAAACUUGUUAAUAAACACAAUAAUAAAACUAUGGCAUUUCGACAGUAUAAUAUGGCUCUUAAACCAGAAUAAUCUUUAUAGAACCAUUCUCCUUAAAGGUUCUAUAAAGAACCAUAAAAAAGGGUUAUUUCUAUAUAGCCCCAAAAAGGGUUGGAACCAUAGCGGAACUCUUUUUUGGUGCUAUAUCGAAUAUUUUUUAAUGGUUAUUUAUAGAAUCUUAGGAAAGCCCCAUACAUGUUCCAUUUAGAACCUUAUGAGCAUGGUUAUUUUUAUAGAGCCUUCAAAAAAAGGUUCCAUAUAGCACCAAAAAGGGUUCCGCUAUGCUUACAAGCCAAAUAACCUGUAUUUGGCACUAUGUAGAACCAUUUGUUUUUAGUGUGUAGGGAGAACAGUGACAAAGAGAGAAAUAUGAGAAGUCAUGUUUGAUUACAAAUCAGAUGACACAGUUUAAGUGAGCAGACUAAUUCCCUUUUUAGCUGCCUGGAAUCCAACUUGAAUUUGAGUUGUUUCUACCACCACAUGUGUUUGCCAUGUACAGUAUCUUAGUUCAUUUUGUUGUUGUUGCUGUGCUAUGUUUGUGCGUGUGUGUGCUUAGUUCAGACUACUAACUAUGGCUUUGCCCCGUCCAUCUCCAUUCAGAAAUCGUCAGUUCUUCAUCCUAACUACCAACACCAAAGUAAUGGACGUGGAGGAAUCAUCCAAUGGCUGUCUGUCUGUGGAGUUCAGACACUUGGUAAACUCUCACUUUCACUGUCCCCACUAACACACCAACAUUUUAAUAAUAAUUCAACCUCAAUCUGUUAAUCCACAGGUUUAGUGAAACAUUUUAGUGGAAUCAAACUAAUUUGGUUCAAUGGGGCUGGCUGGCAACAGCCAUAUUGGAAAUAACACACAACUGUUUGCAAUGACCCUAUUAAAUAGCAAAACUGUUUUAUUGAGAUCACCCUGCCCUAGCUGUACAUUACGUUGUGUGAAUAGUUCAUUUGAUAUUAAUGUAAGUAUAUUUAUUAUGCAUUGAUUUAAUAUUUCUAUCUUCUUCAGCAGCUGAAAGAGAAGAAAUAUGUUAAUGGGACCAAGGUGAACGAGGUGAGAGAAGUAAUAUGAAAGUUGAACAAAACUUUUAGUUUUUCCAUGGUUAAGGGUCAGUGAUGCAUGCCUAUCUAAGAUUACACUUUAGCAAAGUGACCUUUAGUAAACCUUCACCUUUGAAACCUGAACUUCAGAUUUAUUUGCCAUGGUAGAACUGCUUUGUCGAGCCAAAGAUGGUGGAUAAAUGAAGAUGUCCCGCUCAGGCCGUUUACCAUUGAAAAAAAUUGUCAGUUCCAGUCUGCUUAACGGGUUGGCUCUCCCAUAGGCUCCAAUGCAUUAGCAGCUGGGUCUGCUCUGCUUAGUUUAUUGACUGUAAUGUAACCAGAAAGAAUUAGGGAGUGGGAUGUCUUACUUCUUCUUCUGUCUCUUUGUAACAACUUCAAAAGAGAUUAAUUCUGGUCAACCAGAGAUCAUUUGAUUAGAAGUCAUUGGACACAGAGGUGAAUUAAGAGUUUAAUAAUUAUGAUUUAUUUAGAGGUAAAUCCUUUGUUUUACUUUGCUUGAGGUUAUAUAUUUUUAAAAGAUGAACUCAAAAACACUUCCAUUAAGAAAGAGGUCGCUGCUUUCUUAAAACAGUAGAGGGCAACAUUGCCAAGGAUUUACAACGUUUUCCCCUUAAUUUGAAGUUUGAACUCCUUUUCAGGACAAUGGCUUUUGUUUGCUUACGUUUUCAAUCACAGAUGGAAAACCUUGUUAACUCCCUAGUAAACUCCUAAUUGAAAUAACAUGUGCUCUUUCUGAGAAAGUUUGAUCAUAGAUUAACUUUUGAAUAUAAGAAAGGAGUUUAUUUUGCCUUUUUAUUCACGUAGCUCAACAAAAGUCAUGGCAAGUCUUCAUUGACAUGCUUUAGACACUUGGAUACAGGAUCCUUAUCUUAUCACAGAAAAUGACUGAAUGAAUACUGCUAUCAAACUUCCCCAUAUUGCUCAUAUACUGUAGAGGGAAUAUAAUUACUUCAGUGCCGAUUUUAGCAUGUAAAUCUUGGAGGGGCAAAAAAAACAAAAUGUGGGAUGCACGCCAGCAAAGCCACUACACAAAACUAAACAACACAUUAAUUGCAUUAUAAUGGUGACAAACGGUGCCCACAAACUGUUAGGGCCUAUAUAAAGCUGUCCCAACAGCAGAGUCCCAACAGCAGUCCCAACACCUUACCACUGCUACACCUGGCUAUCAGCGGAGCCUUGUCUGGCAGUGAAACAGUUCAUUCAGCCACAUUUACUGCCUUAAAAAAAAACAUAGCUGAUAUGGCUGACUUGCUUAAACAAAUGUGGUUUCUACUGACAAUUGAGAUGUACAAACUAUGGCAUAAGGGGACGACAAGCGAAAAAAAGGCAAUCCGUAAUUUCGAUUAAGACAUUAAUGAGCGAGCUAGGACGGACGUAGUUAAUAUAACUAUUUGUUCAGCACUUUUGAAAUGUACAGCGACAGAAUUCAGAACAUGAGCCGUUCUUACAGUGUUCUCCCUGUACACCAAGUCAGAACCGUAGGAUAAAGGGGGCUUAUAAGCAGACAAUGAAAGCUCUUACAAUAUUCGCUGAUUAUAUUUCUCUAAAACAGGCUAUAGGCUACAUGUGCACCACCAAGUCAGAACAGUAGGCGAAAGUAUACCAAAUUAUUAGGGUGAGGCACAUGGGCUACUAACAGUUUACUACAUACACUUAGUAUUACUUUCUUAGCUACAGUAUACAUAUCUCCCUGGCAUAUUACAUAAUUUAUGCAGCAGCAUACAAUACAUUUUUGGACUCACCUUGUGAUGUGCUCACUUGAACAGGAAGGUGGUGCGGCGGUCCUUCGUGGGCAAAUUUUGUCAUCAAAGUCUGGCAUUCUCUGGAUUUAUGGUGCUUUCAAGACAUUUACAUGACAUUUACGUCAUUUAGCAGACGCUCUUAUCCAGAGCGACUUACAUUUACAUUAUUCUUUUUAAUUUUCAUACCCCAUGGGAAUCGAACCCACAACCCUGGCGUUGCAAACGCCAUGCUCUACCAACUGAGCUACCUCCCUAAGACAACUGGGAACUCGGAAAAAAGCAAGGUUGAAUCAUGAUGAUGUCAGUGAUCUUCAGGUCGUAGCUCUAGAAAGAGGCCCGAGUUCAAUUCCGAGUUGGAUGACCGUUCAAAACGUAUUUUUCCCAGUCUAAGCUCGUUUUUUCAGAGUUUCCAGUUGUCUUGAACUCACUGAAGUCAGAUUUCACAGUUCCGAGUUAACAGUUGUUUUGAGCGCGGCACAAAUCAUCCUUCAUUGACAGCAUGGCCAAUGUUGAAUGUUUAUAAUUUUAAGCUUGGAAAAGAGACCCUUAAUCCCAGAUAUGGGACAACAUAGCCACUCCACUGAAUAGCAGGCUAGUGAUUGAUUUGAAAUGCUUGCAGUUAGCCACUGAUUCCUUCCAAACCACUCAUUGUUGAAUUUGCGAGUUCCAACUUGUUGUGUAAUGUUUAUGUCCAAUGGCCGAUGAGCACCGAUACAUUUUAUCUAUAAUUUCUCUUCAUAAUUUCUCUUCAUAUGACAAGGAUUAAAAAAGGAUUCGCCAGUAGAUUGUCGACUUGAUUCAUGAUGAUGACUGCUUGCUAAGAUUUUGAAAGUUUGAUUCUGACAUGAUCAGUCCAAUCAAAGCUACUGUAGAUAUAAUGUGAUUUGAUGUCAUUUUAUCUGUGGCCUAUGACCUUGAGCCUUCUUGGAUGGGCUCUUCUAAUGUAACUCUAUGGCAGCACCCAAGGUGCUUGAAUUCUCGAGCUCUACCCUUAGACUUGGUGGUGACGUAGUGUACCCAUGAGUGACAGAACACUGAGCCAAUCACGGCGCAACUAGAGAACAUUACCAACACCUACGCUCCGUAUUUUCUGCUGGCUGUCCCACCACCACAGAAAGCACUGAGCUAGGCUGAAACACCUGCAUUUUGGAGCUGCCUUACUCAAGAAAGCAAAAAAGCGGCUUUAUUAACUCAAUUACUUUAUUUUUAAUGUUUUAUUUAUUGCUUGCAAACUGAUAUGUGACACGUAUUAAUGCCAUUUCUUAGCUAAAAAUGUGGGGCUCAAAACAGGUGGGGCUCUUGCCCUGAAUGACUAGUCGCCACUGAAUUACUUCCUUGAAGAUCGGGUCCUUAUAUUUUUCCCAGCCUUGUUAUGGAAUGCUGUUCUUUGGUAAAUAGGGCAAAUUCCUUGGUGGGUCACUCACUGCACAAAAAAGUUUUUGUAGCCCUCUGCUACUGUAUUUAAUGUGUUCUGAGAAAAAGGUUUAGUGAAGUGUGGUGUAGUAGAGUGUUUGUAAGAGGAAGGCAUUUAGUAAAGUGUGUGUGUGUCUUGUGUGUCAUGUGUCUGUGUGUGUGUGUGUGUGUGUAUUCUGCUGGUUCCAGGGUCCUCUCUCUGUGACGGAGGAGCUCCACUCCCUCAGCUUUGAGGCCCAGUUCAACAUACAGGGCAUUAACAUCGACCUGGAGGUCAGUCAAUUUCUACACUCUCCUUCACAUUUUCUUUACAUUUACAUUUUAGUCAUUUAGCAGACGCUCUUAUCCAGAGCGACUUACAGGAGCAAUUAGGGUUAAGUGCCUUGCAGAUUUUUCACCUAGUCUCCUAUAUAAGACACACACUCUCCCACACACACCACACAUAUUCUUACAAUACUCCACACCGUCCCACACCACAUAUAACCCCCACACAGUCUUCCUGGCAUACAUUGUCAGUCAUUAUUAGUCAUUGUGUAAGCAUAUACUGUAUGCGUGUGUGUGUGUGACUGUGUGUAUGUGUGCAUGCAUAUGUGUCUCUCUCUCUGCAGACCUGCUCCUUUCCUCUGGUGGUCAUCUCCAACGUUAGCCAGCUGCCUGGAGGCUGGGCAUCUGUCAUGUGGUACAACCUGCUGACUGACGAACCCAGGGUGAGCUGAACACACACACACACACACACACACUACCACCAUUCUUUUAGGUGUUUUAUCUUUUAUCUCUCUCUCUUUCCUCUGUGCCGCUCCCUUUUUUAGAACCUGGGCUUCUUUGCCAGUCCUCAGCGGGCCAGUUGGGGCCAGCUCUCUGAGGUACUGAGUUGGCAGUUCUCCACCUUCACUGGGCGGGGCCUCAACAGGGAACAGCUGUGCAUGCUAGGAGAGAAACUCUUGGGUAUGGUGGCCUAGUGGAACUCUUUUCAUGAGGGCAUAACAGUGUUGGAACAGCAUACCUACAUCAUUUAUUUGCACAGGUCAUGAGGAAAAGCGCUCCCGUCCUUCACAAGUAUUUUCAAUUAUGAGAGAACAGGAAUGUGAAUUGUCAUGCGAUUGUUCACAAUCUGUCUUUGGCUUCCAACCACCACAAUAGUAUGGACUCUCUCUAUAUUAUCUAAGGUGGUGCUAUUUCUGUCCAAGAAUACUUUAAUAUUCAUUCUUAGUGUAUGAAUUUGUAAUGUUUUUUUUUAAAAUAAUCAUAAAUCUAUUAAUCAUCUUCACUGUAGGUCAGCAAGCCUCCCAAAAUGAAUGUCAGGUAUCCUGGUCCAAAUUCUGCAAGGUAGGUCCUACUGCUUCCUAUAGUCCUACUACUACAAGUCUUAAACACAAGAUGAAGGAUGUCAUGUCUUACUAACAAAUUGCACCACUUCCCCUCAGCCUACUUCCAGUGGUCAAAUUAAAUUGAUAAUUUGAGGCUGUCUUUUUACUGAAAGAUGCCAUGAAAACUUUUAAGGGUAAUUCUCAUCUCUCUUUCCCAUUCCGUCUGCUUUUUCCAGGAGAAUAUUCCUGGGAAGAAUUUCAGUUUCUGGAUGUGGCUGGAUUACAUCCUGGAGCUCAUCAAGAAGCACCUACUUCCCAUCUGGAACGACAAGUGAGACUUAAGGCCUGGUCAGAAACAACCCCCACCCUAGGGGAUACCCUUUCCCCUAGGCACUAUGCCAUAUGUGGACAAUUAUUAGGGGGACAGAUGGAGUUAUUACCAAGUUGCUUCUACAAUAUUCUCAGAUCUACAUAAAUGCUUAGGGGAUAGAUGCUAGGGGCUACAGGUUGCUUUGUGUACCCCCUGCUGAUCCUCAAGCUACCCUUUGCUAAACUACAAUGUUGGGUUCAGUUCCAUUUCAUCUCAGUUGUAAAUCAAGAAGUGAAUCAUUAGGUUCAGUUCCAUUUGAAUUGAUCUAAUGGACUGGAUUGAUCUAUUCACUGAUGAGGGCUAUAGACCACAGUGUACUGUUAAAUCAGUGGGUGUAAAUAAGUAAUGUAACGGUGGUGUAACUGAUGAUGUGGUUUGGGUGUGCUUCCUUCAGCUGCAUCAUGGGCUUUGUCAGUAAGGAGACGGAGAGGGCCCGUCUGAAGGACAAGGAGCCUGGGACUUUCCUUCUGCGCUUCAGCGAGAGCCACCUGGGCGGGAUCACCUUCACCUGGGUGGAGCAGUCCGACAGUGGUGAGGCCUGCUCGCCUGUCAAUUACUGUGGUGUCGUGAAAAAAUUAUCUUCACUAUAUGGAAUUUUUGCAUCUCCUCUUGAGCCAAAGGGGGUCCCCUACAUGGAGAGAAAUAUUGUCCAGAAAUUACCUGAUUAGACAUAAAGGGUCACACCUCUCCACACCCAUUAGUAAAGUGAUAUUGUUUGCCUAAAACGAAUUAUUUGUUUGGUUUCAUAAGAUAAUAAAUUGAUUCAUAUUUGAUCUGAACCAUGCAGUCAACAUUGAAAUCCACAAAACAAUUAGCACCUAAACUUCCACAGUGUCUUUAACAUUGAUUCUGUAAACAUUCAACUCUGAUUGGCGCUAUGGUUGUGUCUGUGUCAGCAGGAGAGGCCAAGUUCAUCUCGGUGGAGCCGUACACCAAAUCUCGCCUCAGCGCUCUCCCAUUUGCCGACAUUAUCCGUGACUACAAGGUCAUCGCAGACGGAGAGGUCCCUGAGAACCCUCUAAAGUUCCUCUACCCAGACAAACCCAAAGACGAGGCUUUCGGACGACAUUACAACAGCCAGCAGAGCAAAGGCAAGAUGUCUGCCAAGACAUGUUUAUGAUAGAAAGGGUUUUGGCUUGUACUGUAUAUAAAAUAAUUCUGACCACCUAGGUCUACCUGUGUGUUACCUAGUUACUGGGGGUUGGUGCACAACAUGCAAUUAUCGCUCAUAACCAAUCCAGCAAACCGGGAACAUUCCCAGAACAUUAGCUAAGAUUCACAUUAGGAUAAUAACAUCCCAAAAACAUUCAAAUAUAGUUUUUGAUAAGAAAAUUUAUUUUUUAUAAAAAUAAAAAUAAAGAACUAUCCUUGGAACGUUCUCCUAACAACCACCUCAGAACAUUCCCCAAAAGUUCUCAUUAUGUUUCCAGGUAAUGUAAUAACACAAUGUACCAGUAAUGUUUUUAGAACAUACUGUUGCAACAAAAUGUGAGAGCAAUAGAAAUGGUUCUGAGAAAACAUGGGAACGUUUUGCUAAUGUUGAUGGAGAUGUUAUUAAAAACACCCAUAACAACACGCAGGGAAUAUUCCCACAAUGCUAAAGUUAUAGUUUGAUGUUAAGGUAUGAUUGUUCCAAUAACGUUCCCUAAACAUUCUUCAGCAAUUAUGUCUGGAUUCAAUUAAAUUGGUUCUGAGAAAACAUUACUGGAACGUUUCGCUAACAUUAAUGGAGAUGACAUCCGAGACACCUAGUAUAGGAUCUUAAAUUCACCAAUUUCUCACAGCAGGAAAAUAAUCCUGCAGCAAAAGGAAAUUUGAAUUACUAUGUGGAUUAUAAUGAAUACAUUUUUAGUAUGGAUUGAUAAAUAUUUCGUUAGGGCAAAUUAAGUCUGACAUUUAAAAGUUGAAAUUACAAACUUUAGAAGCAUUUUUAAACCUCAAAUACGCUACAAGUUUACAUUUCCUAUGGCACAGGAACAUUUAUCCUGCAAUAGGUGGUCAAAUUAAGAUCCUGUAUAGGCCUAACAACCAAUGAUGUGUAUUGAUAACAACCAGCAGCCCAGCAAACCGGGAACAUUCCCACAACAUCAGCUAACAUUCCCAUGAAGUUCUAGUUAGGGUUUGAGCUAACAUUAGGAUGAUAACGUCCCACAAACAUUCAAAGAAUGUUUUUGAUCAGCAAAUAUUUUUUUAUAUAAAAAGGUUUGAAAUGAAUUAUCCUUGGAAUGUUCUCCUAACAUUCACUAAAAUGUUCUUCACGAUAUCUGUAAAAACUACCACAGAACAUUCCCCUAAGUUUCCCAUUAGGAUGCCAGGGAAUGUAAUAACACAAUGUUCCGGUAAUAUUCAUAGAAUAUACUACCGCAACAAAAUGUGGGAGCAAUAGAAGUGGUUCUGAGGAAACAUUACAGGAAUGUUCUGCUAAUGUUGAUGGAUAUGUUAUUCAAAACACCCAUAACAACAAGCAGGGAAUAUUCCUACAAUGGUCUCAUAAAGUUAUAGUGUGACAUUAUGACAUGUUGGUUCUACUAAUGUUCCCUGAACAUACUUCAGCAAUAAAAUGUUGGAGCAAUAGAAGUUGUUCAAAAAAACAUUCCUGGAAUAUUCAGUUAAUGUUGAUGGAUUGUCAUGUGAUUCUGAAUAAUUGUCAUAUGUGUUUCCACAUGGGUUGUUGUACAACUAAUUUCCUCAACAGUAAGAUAACACAAACACAUGAAAGAAACCUCCAUGGACUGUUCAAAACGUAAUUUUAUAAUUCUGGGAAAAUACUAAUACAAUUCAAAGAACAUUGAGGGGAUGUUUUGUGCACCCUGAUACAAACAUUCUAAGAAUGUCAUCACAAUUGGACAGAUUUUGUGUUUUGGGAACCUAUCUCUUGUCAUAUCCCCACAAUGUUCCCACAACCUAAAGAAAUGUUUUAGAAACUUUUAAAGAAGUACAAAAAAUGUGUUCUGGGAAUGUUCUUGCAACAUCAGGAUAAUGUAUUUUCAACCUAAUAGAAACAUUGUAAUCAUUAGCACAACUGGACGAUUUUUUUGUUUUGGGAAAUAUCUCUUGUCAUGUCCCCGCAAUGUUACAAACAACCUACAGAAAUAUGUUAGGAACUUUUAAAGAACAUAAAAAAUGUGUUUCUUGUAACAACAGGUGAAUGUUUUUUGCACCCUAAAAGAAACAUUGUAUAAUCACCCGCACAACUGGAAAAGGUUUUUGUGUUUUGGGAACAAAUAUUUUGUGAUGUCCCAACAAUGUUCCCACCAGACUGUUCCCAGAACCUAAUGAAACAUUCUGGGAACCUUUAAAGAAAAGACUAAAUGUGUUCUGGGAAUGUUCUUCCAACAUCAGGUGAAUGUUUUAUACAAACAUUGUAUAAUCAUCAGCACAACUGGACAGUCAAAUGUUCGGGGAACUGGGAAGCAGGAUUGAUAUUGUCAACAAUUUGAAUGGUUGUUUACUAACAUGCCCAUAAUCUCCAAUUUUUUUAAUCUUCUUGCAGUCUUUCCAUACAUAUCAUCUAUGCUGAUCCCCAUCUCCACUUUGUAGUGAGUACUUAACAGUUUAAGUUUGUUAAGAUCUUAUAAUAUGUGCAUACCAGGAGUUGCAUGCAGACCUGCGCUGAAGAUGUGUAUCUGAAAUAUUAGGCUAUAUUAGGCUAAUUAGAUAUCCUUUGUUUCUAUAGUCUAAACCAUUCCCUUGACUUAUAUCUCUCUCUCUCUCUCUCUCUCCACUCCUGCCGCCCCCGCCCUUAGUACCACGCCUCCCCCCUGCUCCUCCCCAGAACCUCCCAUGUCCCCUGGGAUGUUUGACAUGCUCAACCAGCACCUCAGCCCCUUGGAGAUUGAGACUGCCGUGAGUACAGUAACCGCCCAACCUAAACAGACACACUGCAUCUAGCCUAGUCCCAAACUGUAGACCUAUCUAAUGGAGCCAACUCUUCCAUUGCAGAGACGCAGUUGCCUCUCUAAGCCAGUAGGUGCUGGUAUACAAUAACUGUUGUCUCAAUUUUGGUGAUAAUACAAGAAAUGCAUUUUCAACUCUGUUACACUUGUAUCAGUGGAGGCUCCUCAGAGGAGGAAGCCGAACGAAAUGGGGCUAAACCUACCUGAAUUUGUCCAAUAAAAACUAUUGUCUGCAACUGUUUUGACUAGUGUUUACACCCUAGAUCAGCUAGAUGCAGGCAAGAGUGUGCAAUGCGGUAUUGAAUGUGUCACUGUCUGCCACCUUGAUUACUCCAAUUUGUCUUUCGACCUGUGCACCUACGUUAUAAACUUUAAUUCGUAGGCUAGGUUGUAGCAACCUCAUGAUGGGUAUAGGGAACAUUUGAGUAUCAUGUAGUAGCCUAAACCUAUCGAUGUUCAUUGAGCUGGGUGAAUGGAAUAUGAAGGACAUUCAUCCAAUAUGCUGUAAUAGAAAUAAGGCGAUGCGCAUAAAAAAGUCUUAAACAGCACUGACCGCCACUGACUUGCAUGGUGUAUAGUAAUGAUAGAAGAGUUGGCUAUAGAACACAUAAUAUACAGUAUGGGAGUAGGCUACACCACAGCAAGGUAUUAAAACACUCUGGAGAUGAACUAGGUUCAGAAGCCUAGGUUGACUUUAUCUCUGCUCUGGCCUUGACCUUAAAUAAGUAUUGUAAGAUGAAGUGCCUUUGUAAAAUAAAUGAGUUGUCGUGAAGACUCCUUGUAAUUCUCUGUGGUGAUUGGACUGAACCUGCAGAAACAAUCUUUAACUUUUACAGAUGAGUUCUCCGUACUCCGAGUAA